AUGCAUAUCACCGGCGAUAGCGAGUCGACAGGAAGAGGAAUUCUGAUUGGAAUGCUUUCGGCGUUUGGCUCUGCUGGUCUGUUUGCAAUUAUUUUCGCUGUGAUUUACUUUUUCAAAUAUACGAGUAGAGGAAGGAUAUUAUUAGAUCGAAUCGGGCGACCAGGAGAGUACGAUGACGAACAGGCAUUUGCCCGCGAGGAGGCAGAAGCGUUAGAGUCGAUGGAUGAUCUGCAAAGGUCAGAAUAUCUGCGAGCCAAAGCAUUUAUUCAAGCAAACCCCCCGGAUUCGAUGCAGACCGACAUUUCAUUAUCACAGUUUCUAGCCAUCCAAGAGAAGGGGGUUUCAGCAUGGGAAUUUGAACCAGAGCUUGAAAUUGCCAAUUGUUUCGUAGAAGGGAGGACUGAGGUUGAGUUUUUCGAUUCCGAAUGCAGCGUUCAGAGCAACCUGCCAGUACCCAAGCAGAACGAGGUUUACUAUUGGGAAGCCAAGAUAUACGACAAACCAGAAUCAACAAUGAUCAGUGUUGGCAUGACGACAAAGCCCUAUCCUCUGUUUCGUCUGCCAGGUGAGUUUGAGACAAAAGGAUGGCAUAAAUAUUCUGUAGCCUAUUUGUCCACUGGACAUCGGCGAUACAACCAGCCUUUCGCACCCACAAAUUAUGGCCCGCAAUAUGUACAAGGCGAUGUUAUUGGGGUCGGAUACCGGCCUCGAUCUGGGACAGUUUUCUUUACUCGAAAUGGCAAACGACUGGAAGAGGUUGCGCAUGGUCUAAAGACGCAAAACCUCUUUCCAACAAUCGGAGCUAACGGGCCUUGUACUGUUCAUGUUAAUUUCGGGCAGAUGGGGUUUGUCUUCAUCGAGGCGAACGUCAAGAAAUGGGGUCUCGCUCCUAUGACUGGCAGCCUUGCGCCGCCUCCGCCAUAUGGUAGUGAACAGGGGAGUAUCCUUCUCGAAUCUGGAAGAGACGGACAAGGAUCGUACGUCAACGUCGGGCAUAGCCGCUCGCGGAGUGCUGUGAUUCGACCUGGGCCUCCUUCGAGCCCAGGCCCGAUUCGAUCGCCCACCGAUAUCUCUUUAGCCCAUCUCGAACAUAUUCCGUCUCAUGAAGACCCUGGUGAGGGGACGAGCAGCGUCAGCACAGCUGCGCAGGUCCCUUUUGGUGGAUUCUCGUCGGACCUCUCAGCUCAAGACCCUAUUCACCCUCCUCCGGAGUAUUCAAGUCCGGAAAGUUCUCAUGCAACCAGCCCACGCGGAAGCGAAGAUAAUGAUCGAACACCCAUGCUACCACACGAAUCUGGUUCUUCCCGGCCCCCAAUACCUAGCUAUGAAGCAGCUGUCGCCAGUGAUCCGCCUCGCUGA